GACACGGGCUUUAGGCUAGCUACGACGAAUCUACGAAACGAAGCGUCAAAUGUGCCGCAACGGCCGGACUCGUCGAAAUCAAUUUGUAAACAGAAUAUUUGAUGUAUAUUUCGUAAAGCAUUUCGUAACAUAGAAAUCGUUUGGCUUUGGUAUUUGUUUUCGUAAACAAGGUCACGCGGCGCGCCGUGUUGUCACUCGCGCGGCGAGAUUUGAGCCGGCAGGUAGAGGCCGGGAUACGCUCCGAGUGUCGCCGCGUAUUAUCUGCCGAAGCGCGACGAGUGCUGGACGGACGAUACCAAGCUUUAGCAUCAUUACGAUUAGCUUGCUCGAUUAAUUGACCACCGCAAUUAACAACCGUACGCAUACUGGCUGGCUAUCGAGAGAAUGUGUUGUGUGAAUGCGACGAAGGAAUCUGAGAGGAAGUGCCGAGCGACAGCGAAGCAACCGCGAAGAAUGCUAUCAGCAGUUUUCAACGGACCAGUUUUCAAAGGAAAUGAAACGUACUUUUUGGCUCCCAGGAUACACAUACUUUUCAAAACCGAAAGCCAGACAACAUGCGACAGAACAAUUCCAAAAAAUACAGCAAACCUCCAGAAACGAAGAGGGCAUUACAAUGAUCCCGAAUCUUUAGAAGCAAGCGACACAUGUCCAACAAUAAGCUCGAAAAUUUGGAAGACCGUGUCAAAUAUUUCCGGGAUAGAAGAUGGAAAUUCUAGUCACUGCAGUGGCUCGACAGCCAGUCGAACUCAAGCUACUGAACCGUAAAGACAUAGUAUCUGUUAAAAUUGAAAGAGUAAAAGUGAGAAGUGAAUAGUUUAUUCAAAAGGAAGGAAAAAUUUUAAAACAACGAAAGGAAAGACCAUGGCAAUAGAAAAUAACGAAAUCAUAAUCGACGGAGUGGACCCCCGCCAACAUCAGUUUAUGAAAUAUUCACUAGAAGUUACUGUUUCCGGGCGGUUUAACGCGAAAAUUUGUAUCUAGAAGAACAUUAUCCGUAUAAACGUAUUUGUCAGGACUGUGCACAAAAUCAUCCGGAGGAGGAACUACGAAAUAAUUAUGUUUUAAUGCAGGAUUGGCAUACUUUGUGUGGACCACUAUACAAAGUAUCAAUGCUCGAGAAAGAGAUAUGUCAUAAAUGUCUUAAAAUUGUAGUAUUAGCACAACCAGCGUUAGACUGUAAAUUAUGUUUACAUAAUUAUGUAACUUUUAACGACCGAUUUGAUUGGACUUCAGGAUCGGGAUACGAUUGUGAAGUUAAGGUAACUAAUAUACAUUAUGAUUUAUAAAAUUAAUUUACU